AUGGAAGGUCGAUAUGUCAACAUUGUGAUUCCUGGAAGACAAGAAUACCUGACACUGUGUGAGGUGGAAGUCACUGAUACUAAUAUUGCUAGAGGUGGAAAUGUGAUUCAGUCCUCCCUGUAUGAGAAAGAGGUCCCUGAAAGGGCCAUAGAUGGGAAUCGUGCUAGCAACUUGAGAGAGGGAUCCUGUACCCACACUAACUAUGAUUUAAAACCAUGGUGGAGACUGGACCUCCUGAAGACAUAUCAGAUCAACACUGUCACCAUCACCAACAGAGGAGAUUGUUGCGCCUGGAGAAUCAAUGGUGCUGAGAUCCGCAUUGGAAAUUCCCUCAAUGACAAUGGCAACGGUAACCCCAGAUGUGCUGUUAUCUCGUCUAUGGCAGCUGGGUCCUCCCAAACCUUUGUGUGUAAUGGAAUGGAAGGUCGAUAUGUCAACAUCGUGAUUCCUGGAAGACAAGAAUUCCUGACACUGUGUGAGGUGGAAGUCACUGGUCAGGCUUUAGAUACUAAUAUUGCUAGAGGAGGAAAUGUGAUUCAGUCCUCCCUGUAUGAGAAAGAGGUCCCUGAAAGGGCCAUAGAUGGGAAUCGUGCUAGCAACUUAAGAGAGGGAUCCUGUACCCACACUAAGAAAGAUUUCAAACCAUGGUGGAGACUGGACCUCCUGAAGACAUAUCAGAUCAACACUGUCACCAUCACCAACAGAGGAGAUUGUUGCGCCUGGAGAAUUAAUGGUGCUGAGAUCCGCAUUGGAAAUUCCCUCAAUGACAAUGGCAACGGUAACCCCAGAUGUGCUGUUAUCUCGUCUAUGGCAGCUGGGUCCUCCCAAACCUUUGUGUGUAAUGGAAUGGAAGGUCGAUAUGUCAACAUUGUGAUUCCUGGAAGACAAGAAUUCCUGACACUGUGUGAGGUGGAAGUGCAUUCUGGGCGUGCUAAUACUAAUAUUGCUAGAAGUGGAAACGUGAUUCAGUCCUCCCUGUACGAAAAUGAGGUCCCUGAAAGGGCCAUUGAUGGAAAUCGUGCUAGCAACCUGGGACAGAGAUCCUGUAGCGUCACUAACAAUGAUUUCAAACCAUGGUGGAGACUGGACCUCCUGAAGACAUAUCAGAUCAACACUGUCACCAUCACCAACAGAGGAGAUUGUUGCCACGAGAGAAUCAAUGGUGCUGAGAUCCGCAUUGGAGAUUCCCUCAGUGACAAUGGUAACAAUAACCCCAGAUGUGCUGUUAUCUCGUCUAUGGCAGCUGGGUCCUCCCAAACCUUUGUGUGUAAUGGAAUGGAAGGUCGAUAUGUCAACAUUGUGAUUCCUGGAAGACGAGAAUACCUGACACUGUGUGAAGUGGAUGUCACUGGUCAGGCUUUAGAUCCUAAUAUUGCUAGAAGUGGAAACGUGAUUCAGUCCUCCCUGUACGAGAAAGAGGUCCCUGAAAGGGCCAUUGAUGGAAAUCGUGCUAGCAACCUGCGAAAGAGAUCCUGUAGCGUCACUAACAAUGAUUUUAAACCAUGGUGGAGACUGGACCUCCUGAAGACAUAUCAGAUCAACACUGUCACAAUAACCAACAGAGGAGAUUGUUGCCACGAGAGAAUCAAUGGUGCUGAGAUCCGCAUUGGAAAUUCCCUCUUUGACAAUGGCAACAAUAACCCCAGAUGUGCUGUUAUCUCGUCUAUCAAAGCUGGGUCCUCCCAAACCUUUGUGUGUAAUGGAAUGGAAGGUCGAUAUGUCAACAUUGUGAUUCCUGGAAGACGAGAAUUCCUGACACUGUGUGAAGUGGAUGUCACUGGUCAGGCUUUAGAUCCUAAUAUUGCUAGAAGUGGAAACGUGAUUCAGUCCUCCUUGUACGAGAAUGAGUUCCCUGAAAGGGCCAUUGAUGGAAAUCGUGCUAGCAACCUGAGACAGAGAUCCUGUAGCGUCACUAACAAUGAUUUUAAACCAUGGUGGAGACUGGACCUCCUGAAGACAUAUCAGAUCAACACUGUCACCAUCACCAACAGAGGAGAUUGUUGCCACGAGAGAAUCAAUGGUGCUGCGAUCCGCAUUGGAAAUUCCCUCUUUGACAAUGGCAACAAUAACCCCAGAUGUGCUGUUAUCUCGUCUAUGGCAGCUGGGUCCUCCCAAACCUUUGUGUGUAAUGGAAUGGAAGGUCGAUAUGUCAACAUUGUGAUUCCUGGAAGACGAGAAUACCUGACACUGUGUGAGGUGGAAGUCACUGGUCAGGCUUUAGAUCCUAAUAUUGCUAGAGGUGGAAGCGUGAUUCAGUCCUCCUUGUACGAGAAAGAGGUCCCUGAAAGGGCCAUUGAUGGAAAUCGUGCUAGCAACCUGGGACAGAGAUCCUGUAGCGUCACUAACAAUGAUUUCAAACCAUGGUGGAGACUGGACCUCCUGAAGACAUAUCAGAUCAACACUGUCACCAUCACCAACAGAGGAGAUUGUUGCCACGAGAGAAUCAAUGGUGCUGAGAUCCGCAUUGGAAAUUCCCUCUUUGACAAUGGCAACAAUAACCCCAGAUGUGCUGUUAUCUCGUCUAUGGCAGCUGGGUCCUCCCAAACCUUUGUGUGUAAUGGAAUGGAAGGUCGAUAUGUCAACAUUGUGAUUCCUGGAAGACGAGAAUACCUGACACUGUGUGAAGUGGAUGUCACUGGUCAGGCUUUAGAUCCUAAUAUUGCUAGAGGUGGAAACGUGAUUCAGUCCUCCCAGUACGAGAAUGAGGUCCCCGAAAGGGCCAUUGAUGGAAAUCGUGCUAGCAACCUGGGACAGAGAUCCUGUAGCGUCACUAACAAUGAUUUUACACCAUGGUGGAGACUGGACCUCCUGAAGACAUAUCAGAUCAACACUGUCACCAUCACCAACAGAGGAGAUUGUUGCCACAAGAGAAUCAAUGGUGCUGAGAUCCGCAUUGGAAAUUCCCUCUUUGACAAUGGCAACGAUAACCCCAGAUGUGCUGUUAUCUCGUCUAUGGCAGCUGGGACCUCCCAAACCUUUGUGUGUAAUGGAAUGAAAGGUCGAUAUGUCAACAUUGUGAUUCCUGGAAGACGAGAAUUCCUGACACUGUGCGAAGUGGAAGUCACUGGGACAGCACCAUAGGAAACUGAUUCUAACCCUAAACUGAAUCUAACCCUGAUUUCUUAGUUUAUGUUCACUUAUUCUAACGCUAGUCUAUGCAAGUUUGCGUAUUUGCUGUGCUUUUGCUUCGCACACAGAGCAUAUUUUAAGAAAAAAACACUUUAUGUGGUAUUACAUAUCAUAAGGUCAGGACAUCAUACAAUCGUAUGCUGAAGCUUUAUGUAAAACUGGUACAGAUGGUUGUUUUAUACAUUAGCUAACAUAAAAUAAAGGUUAUGUUCAAAUUUAAAUAGAGAACAAAAGAGAUACAGCUCUAGUAACUGAUUAUACCUACUAUUCUGUACCAUGAAAGCAGCGAGAGAUGCAUUAUUAAACAGAGGAAAAUGAAAGCAAUGGGUGAGAAAUGAUAUACAGU